UUUGAUUAUAAUUAAUAUUAGCUGUUAUAUGUAAACAACGAGUCUGGCAGUCAGUCCUCAAAUGAUGCCGAACUGCGUCAGUACAGACUGGUAUUGCAGGUGCAUUCAUUCAAGGAGGACCAUGCAAACGGGUGAAUGUCACUGAUGAGUGUCCAGCGAUUCACUGGUCAUGGAAAACCGGACUGGACCCAACUCUGAGCAGCAGCCUGUAGGCUUUACAGUUCCCUCUGUCCCCUCAAAAAAGACUGUAAUUUAUGAAAAUGGCCAUGAACAUCCCACUCACACAGACCCCACAGCUGCAGCACACAGAAGGGCCAGCGAUCCAACUGCAUACCCUCUAUCAGAUUACAAAGGUCUGGUCCGGCAGAGAUUUAUACGCAGAAGUUUGUGGUUCUCUGAGUCAGAGGAUCAAGAAUUGGAGAUUUCAGAAUGCGACACCACCAGCAGUCCUGUUAAAAGUUCUCAUAUUGCUGUUCAGAGGAGCUGUAACGUGGAGUGUCAGGUGGGACAGGGGGAAGGUGUAAAAGAGAACUUCACCAAAGAGCCAGAGACAAGUGUCGCUGAGGAAAAACAUGAUGCUGAACCAUCUGAAACGUCCAAGAGUGUGGGGAAAGCUGGGAGUGAUGAGAACGAGGAAGAGGCCGAAAUGAAGGCCGUAUCCACCUCUCCAGGUGGACGCUUUCUUAAGUUUGAUAUUGAGCUUGGCAGAGGGUCCUUCAAAACGGUCUAUAAAGGCCUGGACACUGAAACGUGGGUGGAGGUGGCCUGGUGUGAACUUCAGGAUCGUAAGCUGUCCAAAGCGGAACGUCAGAGGUUUAAAGAGGAAGCAGAAAUGCUAAAAGGUCUUCAGCAUCCAAACAUUGUGCGCUUCUAUGACUUUUGGGAAUCUCCUCUAAAGGGGAAGAAGUGCAUUGUUUUAGUCACUGAACUGAUGACGUCUGGAACACUGAAAACAUAUCUGAAGCGAUUCAAGGUGAUGAAACCAAAAGUUUUACGAAGCUGGUGCAGACAGAUCUUAAAAGGUCUUCACUUUCUCCAUACGAGGACCCCUCCCAUCAUCCAUCGGGACCUGAAGUGUGACAACAUCUUCAUCACAGGUCCUACAGGCUCCGUCAAGAUUGGAGAUCUUGGCCUGGCCACUCUAAAAAGAGCUUCCUUCGCCAAAAGUGUAAUCGGCACUCCAGAGUUUAUGGCCCCUGAGAUGUAUGAGGAGCACUAUGAUGAAGCAGUAGAUGUGUAUGCAUUUGGGAUGUGUAUGCUAGAAAUGGCUACCUCUGAGUAUCCAUACUCAGAGUGCCAAAAUGCAGCACAAAUCUAUCGCAAAGUUACUAGCGGUGUGAAGCCAGCCAGUUUCAGUAAGGUGACCAUGCCUGAAAUAAAAGAAAUCAUUGGAGAGUGUAUCUGCCAUCGCUGGGAGGAAAGGUACUCUAUAAAGGACUUACUAAAUCAUGCGUUCUUUGCGGAGGACACUGGAGUGAGAGUAGAGCUGGCAGAAGAGGAUGACGGCAAGAAGUCUUCCAUUGCUCUAAGGCUUUGGGUUGAAGACCAGAAGAAACUUAAAGGGAAGUAUAAAGACAGUGGUGCUAUCGAGUUCACCUUUGACCUGGACACAGAAGUCCCGGAAACAGUUGCCCAGGAAAUGGUGGACUCUGGCUUCUUUUUAGAGAUUGAUGUGAAGAUUGUGGGUAAGUCUAUCCGUGACCGUGUGUCUCUAAUAAAGUGGAGAAGACAGCGGAGUGCCUCAGCCAGUAAUGGAAAGACAGAAGAGAGAAGCACCAAGACUCAGGCACAAAAUCUCCUUCAGGUGCCCUCCACAGGGCCACCAGUGGGUGGACCACCCAGUCUUCCAUCUGAAACGGAGCUACAGACUGAAGCAGUCAGCCUGAUUUGCAGUGCCCCAACAAGUGCUACUACAGCUACACCAGACAGCAGUGCAGGCUCAACAAUGGUAACAGGCACUUCGGGCAACCAAGACAGCACCUCUCAGCAAUCCCUAUCUGAGUCCAUUUCCACUGCCCAAAGGGUCUUAAGCCCUCCAGCACAGCUUCUGGCUCAGUUGCCAGAAGGUGCCCAACAGCCGUAUACUGCACACCUGCCUCUGGGGACUCAACAACAACCUGCUCUACAAAUACCCCAAGGUGUCCCACAACAAACCAUUGGUCAGUUACUCCACGGGACCCAGCAACAACCUAGUCCUCAGCAACCCCAGGGAGCCCAACAACAGCUUAGUGCUCCCAUGCACCAGUCUGCACAAGCACAGGCCCAUGGUUUGGUGCCACAAGCACCCCAGCAACAACCCACCGUUCAGCUGCACCAGCAAUAUCAGCAGUCAACUCAUCAGCUACAUCAAGGGGCUUUUCAGCAAUCUUCUGUACACCUGCAUCAGAGCGCCUACCAGCAAUCACCUCGACAUGGCAGUAUUUCUGGUGACUCCCAAAGAACUAUGCUAUUCUCCGAUAACUUGACGGGGACCAGGCGUAGCAGCACCUCAUUUCUCGACACAUUACGGAGGAGGACUGAAUUUCAAAAUUUGUUAGAACAGCUGCAUCAUCAGGCUUAUAGUUGUCACAAACCUGAAGCAAGCUCUAAGGAUGAAAUGGAUCAGUUGUUGUCUACAAGUGCCCUCAUAGGUUCUUCAUCAUUCACAAAUGAAGAUCAGGCACCAAAUAAUGUUUCUGAAGACACCGGAGCUGAAUAUAGUUCAGAGCAGGUGGAAAUUAAUUCUCAGGCCCAGACAAUGUCAUUCAGUAGGAGGAACUCUGAUGUUCACCCGCAUUACUGCCAUGCUUGUAUGGCAAUGUUACUGGCUGUAAGGUCAAGGGGUCGAGGGUCUCUCGGUCAUGCCUCUUCACCCUCUUCCUCCCCCAUCCACCAAAACAUGCCACCUCUUUCCUCAUUAAAACCAUCGUUCCCACCUGAUCUAGCUCAUCCAGACUCCAGCUCACCAAUUUAUAUGACCCCACAGUCUCCAUAUAUAUCUACGCUGCCUCCAAAGCAAGUUUCUGUUACUAAGAACAUACCAAGUUCAAUACCAGUUCAAGUCACCCCACAUUCUCCGGUCCAUAAAAGCCAUUCUCCUUCACAGAUUCCUGUGACAGCUCUACCUAACAACAUGUCAUCACUAAGCCACACCACUGCGUUUACCCCUGUCUAUGUAUCUAUACCUUCACCAGUUCACACAUCUUCCAGGCACAUGUCCAUAUCUUCACCAGUCGAUCCACCCUCCCCACUCAGGUCGUCCUCUCCAGUGUCCCCUAUCACUGGACCACAUUCUCCUAAUUUGAGAGACGGCUCAGAUUUGUCUCACCUCCAUCGCUGUCUACAUCAGAUCAUCAAUCGGCGAACCAGUUCCCCAGUGCUGACUGACAGGGCACAAGCUGGAGAUGGCUACAGUGAUGCUAGUGUUAGGUUCCUUGUACCUCAGGUCCAAAGCGUAGGCUCUUUGUACGUACCCCUGUCACAUCAGGAAACUGGGUCUUUUUCUGUGCAGGACAGUGAAGUUGGAUCAGGUCUUGUGCCUUCCGCACAAUUGGAUCCAUCUAAGACCAUCUCUGCUCCAGCUACUCCUGUACCACAUGCUCGUCCACAGAGCAUUCCUGCCUCUGCCCUCUUGGCACAGCAAAACCAGACAACUGUACCACUAGCACAGGAGUUUCAUCUCUAUUUCCAUCCUGAAGCUUUCCCGCCUCAGCCUUUAUCAACAUUUCAGCCCCCAGCGCAGCCAUCUUCAGAUCCUCAGUCCAUUCCACAGCAUCCAUUACAGUCAGCAUCUUCAAUGCUCAGCACCACUAGCCUUCCUUCACAACCACAGCUAAAUGUUCAGACACCCCUUCUCCAGCCUCUACAAAUUGCCACACAGUUUCCUUCGACAUAUCCUCUUUUGCCAGAAGGGGGCACAUCUGCAGGGACAGAGUCAAUACCUUUCUCCUCAGUCUCUUACUCUUCUCCCUACCCCACAAAUGCUCCUCUUGUAUCUUCCCCCUACUACUCAGCAAGCCCUAUUACUGCUCCUCUUCCCAUACUACCAAUGCAGAAUGUACCCUGCAUGCUAGGAGCAGGAACACCUGUGUCCACCCCUCUGAAUGUUCCUAACCCUAUACCUCUCCUGGCUAUGGCCCUGUCCCCACCCAUGCUUCCUCCAGAGGAACAUCUGCAGCAGAUAUACUCCCCAGUUCCACCACCAGAAGGUGCCCUUUUCCAAUCUCAACCCCAACCAACACAGCCCUCCCUUCCCAUCCCUAAUCCAGCCUCCCUCUUCCAGCAAGACCUAUCUAUUCCUGAACCUUUUACAGAGGAGUACCCUCGCCAUGAGGAAAUGCAAAUCCUGGCCCCAGCUCACACCAUUGUGUCACAGAUCCAGUCUCCUCCACAGGACAGGCAGUCAGAGCCAAACUUUACCACUGCCCAAGCCCCACCAGAGACUAUGGAGCCUCCUCUGCAGCCUGCUGGCAUACAGACAGGAUAUGCUGUUCCUGAGAGCACUGGCAAGCAAAUGGCAGACACUACUUCAAUGCCUAUUCCUCCUGCACCAGAGCCCAGCCCAUUUCAGCCCAGCACUGAGGCAACAGCACCUGUAUAUAUUCCAUUCCAUAGUUAUGUAUGUGACAGCCUAAACCAAGAUGCAGGUUCUGGUAAAGAAAUGAGUGACAGCUAUGAGGGACCCACUGGUGGAGGAAAGGGUGAUGGCAAACCUAGAAAGCACCAUCGCAAAUCUGCUCGUAUGCGCUCACGCCAGGAAAAAAUUAACAAGCCAAAGCUAAGCAUGCUAAAUGUUAGUAAAACAGGUGACAAGAUGGUGGAAUGCCAGCUGGAGACACACAAUCAUAAAAUGGUGACUUUCAAAUUUGACCUAGAUGGAGACGCACCUGAAGAAAUAGCCACUUAUAUGGUGGAAAAUGGUUUUAUUCUACCUAUAGAAAAGGACAUUUUUAUAGAUCAACUUAAAGACAUUGUUGACAAGGCAGAGGACAUUCUAAGCGAGGACAUGGACGGAGAGAAGACAUCAGAACUUGGGACAAGUCAUUUGCAAGGACAAACUCCUAGGGAUCAAGGGGGAGAGCCUCCUGUUAAUAUCCAGGGAAUAAAAGGACAGCAACCUGGGGCCCCGCAGCCUGUUUAUCAGCAAAAUGUUCUGCACACAGGUAAGAGAUGGUUCAUCAUCUGCCCUGUGGAAGAGGCUCCUGCUGCCAGUCAGGAUGCAUCCUCAGACGGAGGUCCAUCUACACAAUCUCCAUCCACAACAACAGUAACUGAUGGGACAGCUCAGCCUAGUGAGAGUGCAUCAGCCCAGCCACCAGAACCCAGCACAGGAUCUGCCUCUGCAUCAAUGGAUUCAGAAGCCUGUGCCACAGCACCUCCAUCUGGAGGAAGUGAUCCUUAUGGGGUUUGGAGCCCCCUUUCUAUGACCACUACUGAUCCUCUGUCUUUGGCUGCUCUUUCCCAAGCUCCCUCUGCCCCACAAACUGCUGUAAUGCCAGUGCAGCCUGCUUCCCAUUCAGAGAAGGGGCCACAAUUGGGCUCCGCCCAGGUCAGUGUGCAACAAUCCCAGCCAUGCAUGGAUCCUCAAAGCUCUCUUUUUGUGGAUGAGAUCCAGAGUGGCAGAUUAGGCUCAGUUUCCCCCAUGCACACUGCUCAGCAGAUGGCUGAAAUUGCAUGUGCUGUCUCCAUGCUGGAGGACGUGCCCUGCUGUCCCUUGGUCAUGCCGCUGUCCCUUGAAGUGAGUAGUGGGGCUCAGAGGUCAUCCUCUGUGAUGCCGCCACCAUCACAAGAGAGUACGUCUGCUCGUGAGCAACUUCACUCCAUUACGUCGAGUCGAGUGGAACGUACACAGCAGCCUGUAGUGCUGCAGCAGCCUUUGUCAACUGUGAGUGGAAAUAAGGCACCAUCCCUGCCUCAAAGCCCCGCUCCUUCACAGCACCACUUUGUCCCUAGUGAAUCAGAUGGAGAGGCACGUACCAGAGGAGGGUUUGUAGACAGCACUAUUAAGACUCUGGACGAGAAACUGAGGAAUUUACUAUAUCAAGAGUAUGCUCCCAUGUACCCAUCGGGAAGUGCUGCUGAAACUCCUGGAUCUGGCACAGAGUAUAUCCAGUCUCCACCAGGAACAGAGAGUGCAGUGGGAGGGUCAGGAACCAACACACCUAGUCUUAUGGGAGAGGGACGAUUCAGAGCAGGAGAGCAGUUGCCACAGAUUCCAGAGCGUGUGGACAGUUUAAGUGCUCUCAGCGAUUCUGCGGUUGGAGUUACUGUGUCAAGGAGGCAUGUGAUGCCACACUCUACCUCUUGUUCUGGAUCUAGAAGUCGGUAUAAGGUACAUCAUGUACAGCAUGCUUCUAAUUUCUGCAGGGAAAUACAGAUGGUGCCUAGCUCCACUGACAUACUCUCAGGUCAAGGUCGGAAGCAGCGUAGCCUGAGCAGCACAGCAUCUCCAGCACACCCUGGUGGAUUUUUGGGAGAAUGUGCAAUGUAUGAAGAGCCGACUGUGUCACCUACUACUGUCGGCAGGUUCUCAGUGGUCAGCACAGAAGAUGAGGUCACACACAGGAAGCACAGCAGCAGAUAUUCCGCCCCACCUGACUUUUAUCUGGAUGCCCCACCUCCUCUGACCAAACGAGGCUCGCUGCCAAGGGCACAGACCUCAGUCUCAGCGGAUGUCACCGUUCACACCCGUUUCAUGUCUUCUGACUCUGGGGCUGAGAGCAGCCCUGCCAAAAUGGCCCCCACAACGCCAUCCCGUCAUGGUAGGUCUGAAAGGAGAGGAAGUGACCUCAUGAAAAGGGCAGUGGCUUUUCUGAGGCGCUCUGGCCGCAGUAGUAGUGUGCAAAGCUCUGAUUCGCCAAGCAGAAAGGGAGGGGUUUACGGAUCCUAUGUCAGCAGUGACAAUGAUUCGGAGAUGGAGUACUCAGAUAUAAAGAGGGAGCUUCAAAGACUAAGAGAAAAGCAUAUGAAGGAGGUAACUGAAUUGGAGGCCCACCACCGAGAAGAGAUCGAGUUUCUCUACAUCAGAUUAGGGAAACCACCUCCGCCAGGUCUUUACAUCCCGCCCACAGCACCCCCUGCAGGACGCAAGCGCAGGACCAGCAGACACAAACUAAAAGCUGGCAAAUUGCUCAGUCCUCUAGUACAACAGCUGAGAAAUGUUGCCUCUAAAACUAGUGACAGCAGCAAACUUAAUGAUUUAACAAAAUCAGCAGAGGCUGCCCCAAGCUUGAAUGGGUCUCCUGCCAGGGCUUCCAACUUGUCCGAUGGCAAGGCUUAUUCUGGGACCGGGACUCUACCUUGUUCUGUGUAUGUUCCGGUUCAGACCCAACAGCCCUGCUCUCUCAAAGGAUCUCUCUCCUCCGACAACUUCUACUCUGGUCUACAGGGAGAAGGACCUGGGCCACGCAGCCAGCCUGGCCAAGGCUGGCCUCCUUCUCCCCAGGCGUCUGCGCAGGUCACCUAUAAAUCCAGUAGUAAACCACGCGCUAGAUUCCUCAGUGGGCCUGUUUCUCUGUCCAUCUGGUCAACACUUAAACGCCUGUGUCUGGGUAAAGAACGUGGCAGCAGAUCUGGAACACCGUCAUCUGCCUCUAAUCAGUCCCCAAUGCCGCCAGGAUCCACUCCCCCUCCUCACCAGCCAAUUGGUCUCGCCCAAGCACAGACAAACAACAGCAACAACAAGACAGAUGCUUUCACACAGCAGCUUCAUAGGCUGGUGGAUAACUGGGCAGAAGGGGUGAGGGCUCCUUCACGCUCACGCUCCCUCAGUCUAAGACCACAGCAACUGACCAGAUCCAGGAUCUGGAGCGCUAUAGAGGUUCCAAUUUCAAUAGAAAGAUUGAAUGCUUCUCAGCUGUCUCUAUCAUGGCCGCAGAUUGAUUUCCAUGCCUCUGUGAUGCCGACUGACACUUCACAAGUACUCCAGCGCAGUUUUAUGGUGGCUGGUAACCCUUACGGAAAGAUGCUGAGCGCCCCACACUUAGACAUGGACCACUGGCCAGCAAUGACUGCCAUUCAUAACCAAGAAGUCUUUGCUUUCACUGCUGUGCACUCCCCCUCUUGGACAGCACCUUCUUCCCCCAGCGAGGUUCCUAAUUCUAGAAAUAGGACCAUGUAGCUUCACAAUCACCGUACUUAUACUUCUUACUCUGUUGCCAAAAAUACUUCAGAGUUUCUUUAGAGUGCUAGUUAGGCCUAGCAGUGUGCAAUUCUAUCUGUUGCAGUUGUUAGCAUGUAGUUGCUUACAAUGUAGUAAUCCCUCAUGAACAUAUAAAUACUCAGGCCAACAACGUAGGCAUAUCAUCUGUAGUGUACAUUCAGUAUUAUUGUACAUAUUCAUAAAGCCUAUGUAGCAUAACUGAAUUUUAGCAUAGGCAUAUGUACAAAAUGUAUAUUUUUCAUCAAAAUAUAUUUAGCUUGCUAGUGAGAGAAUCAACUUCCUUCACACCUUGAGCUGUACACAUAUGUAAAUGCUAUAAGGUACAGUAAGAUGUUCUUAAAUUUGUGUAGAUGUGUAUAGACACUGUUUAUACUUCUGUAAAUAUAAGCUCUGUCUGCAUAUGUGCAUAAUAUGGACAAGUAAAUGAAAGACUAAGGUUUAGGUCAAUCAGUGUUUUGGGUUGAAUGGUAUCACAUCACAGUUGGCUGAAAACACUGGAGUUUGGAGCGAUGAUCAUAGUCAUGACAUCACUGUGAAUUUUUCACCGCGUCCUGCAGCGAACGCUAAUUUCGCAACGCACUAGUCAAAAACACAUUAUCGCAUGCUAGAAAAGUAACAACCAAGACCUGCACUGAGAAAAGAGAACUUUAACAGACUGUACAUUUCAGGUGAACAAGCCUGCUAGAGUGCCUUGAACUGCAACUGAGGACUGUGCUACGUACAUUACCAGCCAGUGUACCAAGGG